AUGACUAGGCUUUCCAGACACUGUGCCAAUUAUUUUUAUAUCUUUACUGGUUGCGCAAUUCUAAUUUUCAUCUCUCUUCAUUCAAGUGAAGAACAUGUGACAAUUGUGUACAAAAGGAGUUCUGAGCAAGGUAAACACUUCUAUUUCACCGUGCUGACUUGCAAUAUUUGAUAAAUUAUCAGUUGAUUUUUCUACGUCAUAUUUCAACUGUUAAAGUUCAGAGAGGCCAAAGUUCACAGCGCCGCCCAAAGCGUGUCAACCAGUCACUUUGCAAGAAGUAAUUAGGCAGAACAGUCAGGUAUAAGUUCAUGCCUAUAAUACAGAGUGAAAUAAAAAUAUUUUCAGCCCAUUCGAAAGUUAGAUUACGGAAACACGACCUCCUUUAAGAAUUACUGUAACAAAAACCGUCGAUGUAUUCGAGGGUUUGCCAAUGUCAAACAUGACCAAUAUCUUUGGGUAUUUAUGGAUGAUCUGUUAUUUUUAUUAUGUUCUUACUUUAGACCUUUCCAAAAUCAAAAACUUUGGUAUGUCAGAUCAAGAAGAACAUGAGUCAAUUGCUGCUCUCCAUUUUCUGUUUUCUCAACGAUGAACUCGACUUUCUUUAUGGCGGAAAAUCUUUGACUGGAGAUGUCUUUAAUCAAGGCUGUGGGGCCAAUAAAUAUCCAUCGCAACAAAAGGCUAUGAAAGGGAUUAAGGACACAAAAGGAUGGAACAGUAUGGUGCUGGUGAGAGAGCCGGUGGAUCGAAUUUUGUCGACGUUCAUGCACUUCUGUGUGGUGUAAGUCAUCACUAUAUGUGUAAAUCAUCUGGCUUAAUUUCAACUAAUAAAAAAUUUGAUUUUAGUGGCGAUUAUAUAGAGCCGAAUGUUUGUGAGAAAAGAUGUCAUGGUUGCGGGGUAAAUAUGACAUGUUUCUUGGAAAAUCAAUGGCUUUUGUUGAGGAAGAUGAGCGGGAAGCCAGAAAAAAAGCUGGGGGAGAUCACUGAACACGCAUAUCCUCAGACUUGGCAAGUCGAAGCUCUUUCAAAAAUACAUACUACAACUUAUUCUAAGUGAUGGUUGUUGCUUUAGGCGAUGCGGAUUCACUGCUAAGAACGUAAAGAAUUACACGAUUCUCCGUUAUUAUUCUGACGUAUCUUCUUUUUUCCCUCAAAUCAAACGAUAUCUGGAAUCACAUGGGACUUCCAAAAAAGCGCUCAAUUAUAUUAAAACCUCCAUGAAGAAUGAGCGCACUCCUCAUUCUACAGUACUCCUAUCACAUCGACAGUACCUGGAGAAAAGGUUGAGGUCAUCGUCGUAUCUAAUGGACAUUGUUAUGCACAUGUUUUAUUACGACUACACCGCAUUUGGCUUUAAAUUUCCAAAAAUUCCUAUGGAAUAA